AAACACGUACAUCUCAGUGCUGGCUUCGUCGUUUGGCCGCGUAUAUUUUUUUUGUAUACGCCGCGCAUCGUUUAGAACUUCAAAAAAUUACUGGCAAAAUUUCACCUGUUCACCCAAUCCCGGCUUGACAAUGCUCACCAAAAUCACAAAUGGGGCAGCUUCGUUGGCAAGGCUAGCGGCACUCAAGCCUAUUCAUUUUUCCAUAAUCACGUGCUUGUUGGCGUCAAUUGCCUACUUGACUGUGGUAGAGGAGUACCUUCCAGAUUCGGUGGAAAGACAGCACCAAGUGUUUUUCUACCACCCUCCUGGAGCCUCUAACUACAACAAGUGGACGAAAGUCACAGACAUAUCGCAGUACGCUGAUGCGGAUCAGUUCUCUAUAGUCCCAUUGGAUUUUAGGCGGACACACGCGUCCUCGUCCAUCCCCGAAAUCGAAAAUACCGUUGUGGGCGUACAUGAUGAGAGACUAUUAAUUGUACCUUCCGAUUCUUUGGAUAGUGCUAUGUUGAACUUGAACAGGAUUAACCAUGAAGGUGUCACAUGGAAGUCCAGAAGUAACUACAAGUUGCGUCGUCUUUAUGAUUACGCAAAACACGUCGUCACUAAAAUCUACUCGUUGAUGCAGAGUGCCUCAGCAUUCGAUAUCGCAUUGAUCACACUUGCUUACUUUGCCAUGAUUUACACAGUAGUCAGCGUGUUCAUUGAGUUGACCGAAACAGGCUCUAACUUUACACUUGCUACCUCAAUCAUUAUCUCGUCUGCUUUUGCGUUAUUGUUUGCGUUGGCAACUGCGACUAAGUUUUUCAACUCCAAGGCUUCCUUGUUAUCAAUGAUAGAGGGAAUUCCAUUUUUGACUGCGAUUAUUGGCUUCAAACACAAGGUCUCAAUCACCAAGAUGGUAAUGAGCGCAUCUUCCUCGCAUCUUGAUGUGAAGUCUAUCGUUUCCAAUGCUGUUGCAAGCCACUCUGUCAGCAUGUUGAGAGAUUACAUUGUUAUUAUUGGGGUCUUGUUCUCCGCGGCGCUUGUUGCAAGCGAAAUGGAAAGCUUGAGAAAUUUUUGCCUCUUGAGCUGCUUAAUUUUGGCCUUCGACCUUUUGCUUGUAUACACAUUCUACUCAUCCGUGUUGACCUUGACCGUUGAAAUAAAACGAGCACGCAAAACUAAUGAGUUGCAAUCAGCUUUAGAGGAAGAAGGAGUCUCUUCGUUGGUAGCAGCAAGUAUUGCCAAUCGCAAAUCCGAAAAUGACUAUUCUCAGGACGAGAAAAGCAGGGGUACUGCCUUUUCUUUCAAAGUUGCUGUUCUUGGUCUUUUUUUUGCUUUCCAUAGUUUUUGGUGGGGAAGUUCGUGGUUAUACGGAUCAGCUGGGCUAAACCAAAAUUUGCUCAUCCAGCCCCAGGACUUAUCUAGAGCUGCCUCGAAGUACAUUACAAUUGGACUGAAAGGUACGUUGAUCACCCUCUUCAGUUCGAAGGUGUACGUUCCUUUAGGAACGUUAGUGGUUAUCGAAGAUUACGUUGUGGCGUUCGUGGAGGUGGUUUCAAGUGCAAUUAGAGAUUCCUUGAUUUCUAAAGUUUUGCUCUUUGCUUUCGCAUUGUCAAUUUCUGCGAACGCUUAUCUUUUGAAUGCGACAAGAUAUCAACGUACUGCCACGCGAAAAUUGAUUGAGAAGCAAAUUUCAAGCCCGAAAAUAAGCGUAUCACGUAAGGCCAGCGUUGACCAUGGUUCGCUCAUUGAAGAGUCUGAUGAUUCUACUUCUAUUGAGGAGCCAAUUAACUUUUCAGUGUCAAACAAGGUGCUUCCUCUUGAUGAAUGUGUCAAGAAAAUGCAAGAUGGUAGACUCAAAACCUUGAAUGACGCUGAGAUUUCUUCUUUGGUUGUUGCAGGUAAGUUGCCUUUGUAUGCAUUGGAGAAGCAAUUGGGUGAUAAUACUAGGGCUGUGGUGGUACGUCGUAAAGCCAUUUCAAAGCUUGCAAACGCCCCCAUCAUUGAUACAAACAGCAUGCCUUAUGCUCAUUACGACUACGACCGUGUAUUUGGCGCCUGUUGCGAGAAUGUCAUUGGUUUCAUUCCAUUACCAGUCGGUGUUGCCGGACCUUUGAUCAUUGAUGGAAAACCUUAUCACAUUCCUAUGGCGACCACUGAAGGGUGCUUAGUAGCCUCCGCAAUGCGUGGUUGUAAAGCGAUUAAUGCGGGUGGUGGUGUGAACUCCAUCAUAACACAAGAUGGUAUGACUAGAGGCCCUUGUGUUUCGUUUCCUUCGUUGGCUAGAGCCGGUGCUUGCAAGAUUUGGUUGGAUUCUGAGGAUGGUCAGAAGACCAUCAAAAAAGCAUUCAAUUCAACUUCUCGGUUCGCUCGUUUACAACACAUCAAAACUGCUAUUGCUGGUACUCUCUUAUUCAUUCGUUUCAAAACCACGACCGGAGAUGCCAUGGGAAUGAACAUGAUCUCAAAGGGAGUGGAACACUCUUUAAAAUACAUGGUUGAGAGUUGUGGAUGGGAGGACAUGAUUACAGUGGCCGUGUCUGGUAAUUACUGUACGGACAAAAAGCCGGCUGCAAUCAAUUGGAUUGAGGGAAGAGGAAAGUCAGUUGUUGCAGAGGCCACAAUUCCGCGCGACGUUGUUGUGAAAGUUUUAAAGUCCGACGUAGAUGCGUUGGUUGAAUUGAAUAUCAGCAAGAACUUGAUUGGGUCUGCAAUGGCAGGAUCUGUUGGCGGAUUCAAUGCGCAUGCUGCCAAUAUGGUGACCGCCGUUUACUUGGCAUGUGGUCAGGACCCUGCUCAAAACGUCGAGUCAUCAAACUGUAUGACGCUCAUGAACAAAACAGCUAAUGGUGACUUACAAAUCUCUGUUUCAAUGCCUUCCAUUGAAGUUGGUACUAUUGGAGGAGGCACUAUAUUAGAACCGCAAGGUGCUAUGUUGGAGCUUUUGGGUGUGCGUGGGCCUCACCCAACCAGUCCGGGUGAAAACUCGCGUCGUCUCGCCUGUAUUGUGGCAUCAGCAGUUCUAGCUGGAGAGCUUUCUUUGUGCUCUGCAUUGGCCGCCGGCCAUUUGGUUCAAUCGCACAUGCAACAUAAUCGUAAGGGAGGUAACCCAGCAACUCCCGCACUUCAAGUUGAGCAACCCAAAGAUAUGAGUCGACUUACUGAAGGCUCCGUUAGUUGCAUCAAGUCAUGAGAUUAGAAUUCAAUAAUACCAUUGUCACUGCUUACGGCAGGCUUCUCCCCUAAUGAAAAAUACUCGAAUAAUAUAAUUUGCGCCUGUCACAUGACUCUGUAUACUUGAAUUGACAAAGAAGUCUUACUCUCCUUAUAUAUUGUCACGUGUACAAACCUUUUAGAAUGAUGAUAAGGCAAAUUGACUACUUGCGUUGAGUACUAUUUACGUGACCUACCUCCAAGGAGUGUCAAAGCCGGAUAUUGAUGUCAUAUUUGGCGGUUUUAUAAAAGAAGAAAAUGAGCAACAGCUGGUGAUUAGGAGUGACGACAACUGACUGAAUAGACCCGACACAGGAACAAUACAUCGCAAUACACAGCAGAUUGCUGCUGGAGCAGACAAGACGGCUUCAAAUACGUCUCUCUAUAAAUUCAGAUUUCUAAAUCGAAG